GAACGCUUAGAUUUGGAUCUUGUGAGUUGUGUGAAUUUCAAAUUUCGAAAUUUAAUGGUUAUAUCGAGAAAUCUGCAGUUCAGGGGUAUUUUGGUGCGGUAUUUCAACUUGGAUAUUGCUAUGUAAACGGAAUCGGAGUAGAGGCUAAUAAAGAAAAAGGUUUUGAAUUAUAUAAUAAGGCUGCUGGAAAUAAUGAUGAUAUACUAUUAAUUUAUUGUGAUGAUGUCAUAUUUAGUGACUUGGAUGAAGUUAACUAUUGGUAUCAUAAAGCCGCGGACAAUGACAAUAAUCAACUUGCAUUAUAUAAGUUAGGCGAACUUUAUGAAAUAGGAAAAGGUGUCGGUGAAAAUUUGACUAGAGCAUUUGAAUUUUAUAAGAGUUCAGCUAAUCAAGGAUAUUCGGAGGCCCUAUGCAAAGUUGGAUAUUACUAUGAACAUGGAAUUAUAGUUGAAGCUGAUAAAGAGAGGGCAAUGGAUUUGUACAGAUUAGCUGCUAAGGAAGGAAAUGGAAUGGCUCAAAAAUAUAUUGCGAAUUUGUUUGAACAAAGUGAAGAAAUAGAAAAUAAUAUAUAG